AUGUCCUCCAGAAUUACUCGCUCGGCUGCGAGACUAGCUGCAGAUUCUCCCUCUCCGCCUAUCCCCGCCGCUGGCUCGGCUCCAUCUCGAAAGCGUAAAGCCCCCGCACGGCGCGAUCGAUCCGAGGACCCCUCAGAGCCCACGAAUCCUCCAUCGCCUCAUCGAAAGGCUAAGCGACAGCGGCGUACAGCAUCCCCCCGAGCUGUAGCUGCUCCUGCUGCCUCCCAUCGAGGUACACGAAAUCGCCCAGCUAUGUCCCAAUCCAGUUCAUCAUCACAUCCCGUGGAGGAAUCCUCGAGAAGCCCGGAAUCUCCCCCACAAUCUAGAAGGAAGUCUAGUCGACAUGGGAAAGUGUCUCAAGAGCGCUCUCUGGCUACCCAGUCACCUCCUCCCAAUCGACAGAAGAAGCGCCCUUCUAGGACUCGUCCCGAUGUAAUUAUGAAAGAAGCUGACGAGGAAUUGGAUAGGCGUGAUAGACCCGAGGAACAAGAAUCUUCACCUCCAAGUGAUAGCAAUGAUGGUACAAAUCCUUCGGGUCUUGAUGACGACGAGGAUGAUGAAGACGAUGGAGAUCUCUUUCAUAACAGCCUAUUUGGAUCAAGAAGCUCCCUCGGACUCCAGAGUACCCUUCGCGCUUUGAGCGGUAUGAUGUCAGGGAUGUCCUCUCGCUUGCGAGAUAUUCUGCAGAACUUGAGAAUGAAAGAUGACCCGUCCGUUCAACUGAUCGCUCUCCAGGAGCUUUCAGAUCUACUACUUGUAUCGAACGAGGACAACCUUUCCGGUCAAUUUUCCCCUGAUCCAUAUGUAAAGGAGCUGGUUUCUCUUAUGCAACCAAAUGAUUUUGGUGAAGAGAAUCCGGAAAUUAUGCUCCUAGCUUGCCGUUGUUUGGCCAACUUGAUGGAAGCUUUGCGCGGCUCAGUGGCUAAUGUCGUUUACGGUGGUGCUGUCCCGAUUUUGUGCCAGAAACUGCUGGAUAUUCAAUUUAUUGACUUGGCGGAGCAAGCUCUAAGUACUCUCGCCAAGAUUUCCGUCGAUUUCCCAGCAUCUAUCGUGAGAGAAGGUGGCUUAACGGCCUGCUUGACGUACCUCGACUUUUUCCCGACAAGUACCCAGCGUACUGCAGUAACUACGGCUGCCAACUGUUGUCGCAAUUUACCUCAUGAUUCGUUCCCCGUUGUCAGAGACGUCAUGCCCACUCUUCUUAAUGUCCUGUCAAGCAAUGACCCCAAGGUUGUUGAACAGGGUUGUCUCUGUGUAUCUCGAAUCGUGGAGAGCUUCAAGCACAAGCCGGAAAAACUAGAGGAGCUAAUUGAGCCUGCAAUGUUGAAAGCGGUGCUUCGUUUGCUCCUCCCAGGUACUACCAACCUAAUUGGGCCACAUAUUCAUACGCAGUUUCUUCGUGUCUUGGCAAUUACAUCGAAAGCAAGUCCUCGACUGUCAGCAGAGCUGCUCAGGAUGGACGUCGUCGACACACUCUAUCAAAUCUUAACCGGGGUAUCUCCCCCAGACAAUCUUGAGAAUACAGCCAUCAAGAUGGACAGUGUUCUUGUUAUGCAAGCAUUGAUACACAGACCGAAAGAGCAGGUCUCGGAGACCUUGAAUGUUAUUUGCGAGCUCCUGCCUGGUGUCCCAAACCGUCAAACCUCUCCGGCUGACGGCUUACCACCUUCUCCAGACAGCGAUGUAACCUUGGGGUUAAAAUCCCCUAAAGCAAAGGAGUCUGCCGAGAAACGACGCUCUUUGCUGAUGGACUGUAAAGCAGAACUCCGACGGUUUGCCAUGAUCCUGCUGCCAACCCUCACCGAUGCGUAUUCUAGCACCGUAAAUCUAGAAGUGCGCCAGAAAGUACUCAUUGCUCAACUCAAAAUGCUUCAUAAUCUGGAUCCGACUUUGAUCGAGGAAGCAUUACGAUCUGUACCAUAUGCGUCAUUUUUGGCCGCUAUAUUAUCUCAAAAAGAUCAUCCUUCGUUGGUCUCAUCCGCUCUCCGCUGUGCAGAAUUGCUUUUCCAACGACUAGAGCCUGUUUAUCAACAUCAAUUCCAUCGUGAAGGCGUUAUAUCAGAGAUUGUUAAACUAGCUGAGGGGCCACUCUCAACCGAUAAGCAAGGAAAGUCGUCCCAGGAUUCUGCUCCCGACUCUGCCAUGGACGUCUCAGAGGAUUCCACCCAUGGUCCAAGCUCCGUCAUCCCUCUUGCUCCAGCCAACCCAAAUACACACGCGGACGACGAGGAUAGCCCUGACGAAGAUGGCCCUGAUGGGGAGGAUGAUUAUGAUGAGAAUGAGGAUGAUCCUGAUGAGGACAACGACGACAUCUCCGAAUCUGAGAGCUCUUCCUCUGCCUCUGCUCGGGGCUUCUCCGCAAGGAUGGAAACCGUCAUGAAUGACUUGGUCGUCCGCGAUGCACGUGCUUUCAUCGAGCUUUACGAAACUGGAAACGGUCGGGAGAUGCGAGAAAAGGCGCUUGAAAUCCUGAAUGAGUUACGAGCACUAGCCAAGGAAAUAGAAACCUGCUGCUAUUCCGGAAUUGGCGAUCGGAACGGUGAAGGAUUGACUCUUUUCCGGCAACUGGCAAGCUAUUUUGACGGGGACGCGCUGGACAGCAUCACUAGCUCUGAGCUACUCAACUCGGGCGUCAUUGAUACUCUACUUGGUGUGUUUGAUGACUUCAAAUCUCAAUCUAAGCGCGAAGCACGUGGCGCUUUCCUUCAAGCAUUCCUGGGUUCAAUGAUCUCCGAAAAAGCGCAGAGCCAAAGCACUGCCACAACACCCUUCAGUGUUCUGAUUAACAAGCUUCAAGACUUGCUCAGCCGGACUGAGCAUUUUGAGGUCAUGACCGUGAGCCAUAAUUCGCUGGAGAAUACGCGUAGCAAUGCAGCCUACAUGCUUGGGAAGCAGCUUCGACUAAAGCUGGUUGCUGACGAGGAUUCCGAUAUCCCCCGCUCGUACCGCAACAUUAUGGUCUCCAUUCACGCAAUCGCAACUUUCAAAGCCCUGGAUGACUUCCUUCAUCCUAGGAUCAGCUUAUCCGACCGACCAAAGCCGUCUCGCAAUCGAGACACUAUUCUUUCCCAAAUCGCCAAUGCCGCUCGGCUCCGGGAUCAACUUGCAGGGAAUACUGACCCUAACGGAGGUGAAGUACCCCCCUUUCCACGACCAUCUGGAAGCAACACCCUUCAAAAUAGGGAGCAGCGGGCCGUCCCCAAAGAACAUUCCGGCGACGGACAAGGUCGAGCCUCAAGGCCUCAGCGGCCUGAUCAGCACCCUCAUCCGGAUGGUGAACAUGAGGAUGAACCUUUGGAGUGCGCUGAUGAACGGCAUUUGAGUGAAGAUGACAACGAUGAAGAUGAAGAUGGCGAUGAGGAGGAGCUCAAUGCUAUUGUGGAUGAUCUGGACGAUGACAUGUCGGAUGACAAUGUACACGACCCCUCUGCCGUGAAUAUGGAAGUAGCUUCGUCAGGGAAAGUAACUGCACGAAAAGAAGAUGGCACCCGUGUAUCAACACCGUCCCAAUCAACCCCAGUGUCCAAAUCGUCAGUCGGACCUCAAUCCUCUCUGAACUCGACUGGAGGUGGCUCGCUCGCCCUGGCUGGCCGUCCGUUUUCGUAUGCUGCAGCCAUGGCCUCUAUCCCUUCGGACUGGCACAUAGAGUUUAGCAUCGAUGGCCAGUCGGUCUCAAGUGAAACAACUAUCUACCGUGCUGUUCAUCAUAACCGUCAGCAUGUGGAUCCUAGCGGAAAGAAUGUGUGGUCCGCAAUCCAUACGGUCAAAUUUAGACGGAUUCCAGGCCCACCACCACCGGAGCCCUCGACGGUAACAACCACCGUUUCUGGGCCCAACUCGCAAAACGGCACUGCCGGAAUGCCAUCCUCUUUAAAUCAAGAUCCUACUACCUCCUCGAUCUUGCGAUUGCUUCGUGUUUUACACGAGAUGAACACCACCCUCGAUGAUAUACUAGCAGAAACAAAAGAUCUUGUAGCUCUCAAACCCGAGCCGCUAGCUCAGUUUAUCAACACGAAGCUCACCGCUAAGCUCAACCGACAGCUAGAGGAGCCUCUGAUCGUUGCUAGCAGCUGUCUUCCUGACUGGAGCGAAGACCUUGCUCGCUUUUUCCCCUUCUUGUUCCCGUUUGAGACGCGUCACUUGUUCCUUCAAUCGACCGCCUUUGGAUAUUCGCGGGCGAUGAUGCGCUGGAACAACUCACAGAACGAUGACAGUCGGAACGACCACAGACGCGAUGACCGGCCAAUUUUAGGCCGCCUGCAACGACAAAAAGUACGAAUCUCAAGAAGUCGCAUUCUUGAAUCGGCGAUGAAAGUAAUGGAGCUCUAUGGCUCUUCCCCAAGUGUACUCGAAGUUGAAUAUUUUGAGGAAGUCGGAACCGGACUCGGCCCAACACUUGAAUUCUACUCGACCGUUUCUAAAGAAUUUUCCAAGAAGAAGCUCAAACUGUGGCGGGAGAAUGAUUGUAAUAAUACUGAGGAAUAUGCUUUCGGCAAUCGUGGUUUAUUCCCUGCUCCAAUGAGUGAGGAGCAACUUUCGUCGGAAAGUGGGAAGAAGCAGCUGCAUUUGUUCAAAACGCUUGGGAAGUUUGUUGCCCGAUCAAUGCUGGACUCGAGAAUCAUUGAUAUUUCGUUCAAUCCGGCUUUCUUCCGCAUCGCCGACACCUCUUCCGUAGUUGCUCCAUCACUUGGCACCGUCAAAGCAGUUGAUCAAGACCUGGCAAAUUCUCUACUCCUGUUGAAACGCUUUGCAACCGCCAAGAAAGCAAUUGAGGAGAAGAAGUUUCUUUCCGGAUACGAGAAGGCUCAAGCUUUGACAGCGGUUGAGGUGGACGGAGUUACUGUUGAGGAUCUUAGCCUCGAUUUUACACUCCCAGGCUAUCCCGCCAUAGAGCUGGUCAAAAAUGGCUCUAACAUUCCUGUCACCAUGGAUAAUGUUGACCUCUACGUCGAUCGGGUCGUGGAUAUGACCCUAGGAGAUGGGGUUCAAGCCCAAGUAGAAGCGUUUAGAGCUGGUUUCUCGCAGGUUUUCCCGUACUCUGCACUGCAAACAUUCACACCAAACGAACUUGUCAUGUUAUUCGGAAGAGCCGAAGAAGACUGGACGAUCGAAACCUUAAUGGACUCGAUCAAGGCCGACCACGGAUUCAAUAUGGAUAGUCGAAGCGUUCGAAACCUGCUUCAAACAAUGAGUGAAUUGAAUACACAGCAACGGCGAGACUUCCUUCAGUUUGUAACGGGUAGCCCCAAACUUCCAAUCGGAGGGUUCAAGAGUCUCACGCCAAUAUUUACGGUUGUGUGUCGACCAAGCGAACCCCCAUACACGCCCGACGACUACCUGCCCAGUGUUAUGACCUGUGUAAACUACUUGAAGCUGCCAGACUACAGCACUUUGGAUGUCCUUCGAGGGCGGUUGGAUGUUGCUAUUAAGGAAGGACAGGGCGCCUUCCACCUGUCCUAA